AACCAAACCAAUUUUCCAACCAAUCACAAACAGCCACGCGUCCUUUCACCAAACCCAGUCGUGUUUCUAUAAAACAACCCCAACUAAACCCUCCAGCUUUCCAUAAUUCCAAUGGAUCCCUCAAGACUUCAAUCGCACGUAUCCCAUCCAACGGCUGAAAAUGAACAAGACAACAAUCACCCCCUCAUCAACCGGAGAAUCCAACGGCUCACCUUGCACCUCAACCCCACAGAGGCCCCACCACCACCGAGCUCAAACCAGCAGCUGCAGCUACUAACAUGCGCAGCAAGAGGAAAGCUUAACGUGAGCACCCCCCAUCUGUCUAUGUACAUGAGAGGCAAGUACAGAAAUGAACAGCAAAAGGUGUACGAUUUUUUCGAGUCGAGGCCUGAUCUUCAAACGCCGGUUGAAAUAUCGAAAGAUGAGCAUAGGGAGCUGUGCAUGAGGCAGCUGCUUGCGAUGGUGAGAGAAGGCGGGAUUAGACCAUUCAAGUAUGUUGUUGAAGAGCCUGGGAGGUAUUUUGCUAUUGCUGAAGCUGCUGGCAUUCUUGAUGUCUCGUUCGGUGUCAAGCUUGGAGUUCAAUACAGUCUUUGGGGAGGUUCUGUACUAAAUUUGGGAACCAAAAAACAUAGGGACAAGUACUUCAAUGGGAUUGACAGUGUUGAGUAUCCUGGUUGUUUUGCUAUGACAGAGCUCCAUCACGGCUCAAAUGUACAAGGCCUGGAAACUGUUGCAACAUUUGAUCUACUUACAGAUGAAUUUGUUAUCGACACACCCCAUGAUGGGGCCAUUAAAUGGUGGAUUGGCAAUGCUGCCGUACAUGGAAAGUUUGCUACUGUUUUUGCCAAGCUGAUGUUACCAACUCAUGAUACAAAGGGUGUUACUGAUAUGGGUGUUCAUGCCUUCAUUGUUCCAAUAAGGGAUAUGACUACCCAUGAAACACUUCCAGGAGUUGAGAUACAGGAUUGUGGCCACAAGGUUGGUCUGAAUGGGGUGGAUAAUGGGGCAUUAAGAUUCCGUUCAGUGAGAAUACCACGUAAUAAUCUUCUUAAUCGAUUUGGAGAUGUUUCACGGGAUGGGAAAUAUACAAGUAGUCUUCCAACUAUUAGUAAACGAUUUGCUGCCACAUUGGGUGAACUUGUAGGUGGACGGGUAGGUCUUGCCUAUUCCUCCGUUGGUAUCCUGAAAAUUGCUGUCACAAUUGCUAUCCGAUAUGCUCUACUCCGUCAGCAGUUUGGACCACCUAAGCAAGCUGAAAUUAGCAUUCUUGACUACCAGUCUCAUCAGCAUAAGCUUAUGCCAAUGCUGGCUUCAACUUAUGCAUUUCAUUUUGCUACAACUAAUUUGGUUGCAAAAUAUUCUGAGAUGAAGAAGACUCAGGAUGAAGAAUUGGUGGCGGAUGUCCAUGCUCUCUCGGCUGGACUCAAGGCAUAUGUGACUACAUAUACAGCAAAGUCUUUGAGUACUUGUAGGGAAGCUUGUGGAGGCCAUGGCUAUGCUGCUGUAAAUCGGUUUGGUAGCUUGAGAAAUGAUCAUGACAUUUUUCAGACAUUUGAAGGGGACAAUACAGUGCUUCUUCAGCAGGUUGCAGCAGACCUUCUAAAGCAGUACCAGAAAAAAUUCCAAGGUGGAACGCUUGCGGUUACAUGGAACUAUUUAAGAGAGUCGAUGAGCACUUAUAUGUCUCAGCCAAAUCCGGUAACCUCUAGAUGGGAAGGUGAAGAUCAUCUACGCGAUUCUACAUUCCAGUUGGAUGCCUUUAGGUAUCGGACAUCUCGAUUGCUACAUAGUGCUGCUAUGCGACUUCAGAAACAUACCAAGACUCUUGGUAGUUUUGGUGCAUGGAAUAGAUGUUUAAAUCACCUUCUGACGCUUGCAGAGUCCCACAUUGAAUCUGUCAUCCUCGAAACGUUUAUCAAAGCCGUAAAGAACUGCCCUGAUCCGAGUUCAAGAGCUGCUUUGAAACUUGUUUGUGAUCUUUACGCAAUGGAUAGAAUCUGGAACGACAUUGGGACAUACCGCAAUGUCGACUAUGUUGCUCCCAAUAAAGCCAAGGCAAUACACAAGUUGACGGAAUAUCUAAGCUUUCAAGUGAGGAACGUAGCAAGAGAACUUGUGGAUGCCUUCGAUAUUCCUGAUUUUGUCAUAAGGGCGCCUAUCGGAAAACAGACUCCUGUUGAAGUUUAUUCAGAGUACAGACAACACAUUGGGUUCUAAAUGUCUAGCAAAAUUUUGGAGUGCUUUGGAUAUGUGUUGCGACGAGUUCGCAUGUUUCAAUUCAAGAAACAGGUAGGGUUCUAGUUACUGAAAAAAAUCGAGAUUUGUUAAGUGUUCUUGCAAUAAUUUUACUACCAAAGGUAGAGUGAUGUUCUGGUAUUCAUUUCAAGGAUUCUUUCGGAGGAAAGAGAUAAAGUCUCCGUCUUUGUAUUUCUUUAUUUUUGCUAACAGAGUAAAUAAAAUUGGGGACCUCAGUACCAGAGGAACAGGUUAUUGAUGA